CCACGUUGGUGGGAGAGUCGAAAUUCCACUCGAUGCCUAAGUGGGGAUGGGUUUUCUCCUCUGAGAGGGAUAUAAUUCGUUAAGACACCCCACGAGCUCCAUUUACGUGUAGCCUAGUGAAUUUUUCAUAUCGCUUGAUUUUAGAAUUCGUUUGGUCGUUAAACGUUUCGGACCAACUUUCUUCUCCCGGUCGAUUAAUAUUUUCAAGUUUUCAAUUUUUUCUCACCCAUUCCCGAUUAUUUAACAAACAAAUUAUUCCACAAAUGAUACUGUACUAACAUUCGAGUGAUUUUCUCCAUUCAUUUUUUUCCUUUCGAUGCCCGUUAUUCCUCAGGCUCUCACGUCAAUUUUGAAUCGACUUACCGAGUAAUACAAGCAUGUUUUCGUCUUGGACAGUCUGUUGUGGGAGAGUGCGACAACGAUGGGUGUUCGCGGUGAUGGGAUGUCUGGCGAUAACAGUGUCGUACGCGAACCGAAUUUGCCUGUCACUUGCCAUCACGCAGAUGGUGACAACCGCCGAAUCGUCUUCGAACAGCACUACAGACGGAGAAACUUGUUCGGGAACUCUUUCCGCUUCGUCGAAUAGCGCCAGCAGCGACACUUACGACUGGGACGAAUACACGCAGGGAAUCAUUCUGUCGAGUUUCUACUGGGGUUACGUGUUCACUCAAAUUCCGGGUGGAAUGCUGGCUGACAAAAUUGGCGGAAAGUACGUCCUGGGUUUGAGCAUCUUCUCGACUGCCAUAUUCACACUUCUGACGCCGGUGGUGGUCGAAGCAUUCGACUCUACGGGUCUCAUAAUCCUGCGCAUCCUGAUAGGCUUAGGGGAGGGAGUGACCAUACCAGCCAUGGCAGAGCUCAUACCCCGAUGGUCCGCGCCGGGUGAAGAGUCAACCAUCGCGACGGUCGUGACAUCGGGAACCAAACUUGGAACCGUGCUGGGCAGCGCGCUCUCGGGAGUUAUGAUCCAAAAUUCAUCUAUCGGCUGGCCGCUGUUAUUUUACGUCUUCGGUGCAGCCGGUGUGCUCUGGUUCUUUGCGUGGGUCUUGCUUUGCUACAACAAUCCCGACGUCCACCCCUUCAUAACCGAGUCGGAGAAGAACUACUUGCGGAAAACGACAAACUGCAAAAAAGAGCUGGUACCGACACCCUGGCGACACAUUCUGACCUCAGUUCCAGUCUGGGCUUUGUUGAUUGCAACUAUCGGCAACGGUAUCAGCUAUUUCACCAUGGUCACGGACCUUCCUCUCUACAUGAGCAACGUCCUCAACUUCUCUGUUCAGUCGAAUGGCUUUUUGUCGGCUCUUCCCUCCCUGCUUAUGUGGAUCGUGAGCGUUGCGUCGUCAUGGGUUGCCGACUGGUUCAUAAAGACACGGAAAAUGAGUGUCACGAACGUGAGGAAAUCUUUCACCGCCGUUGCCAUGGUCGUGCCAGCCAUUUUUAUAGUCACGGCAUCCUACGUUGGCUGCAACCGCGUCGUCGUCGUUGUUCUCUUUGUGCUCGGCAUGGGUUUCAUGGGCAUAGGUACUACCGGGAUUUUCAUUAACCCGAUAGAUUUGAGUCCCAACUAUUCUGGAACCGUCAUGGGAAUGAAGUCGACGAUCAACGCUCUGGCAGGGAUAGCCGCUCCGUAUCUUAUUGGCAUUCUGACGCCGAAUCAGACGGUUUCCGAGUGGAGAGUCGUAUUCUGGAUCUGCUUUGGCUCUUUCUUAGAAUGUGCUCUCGUCUUCGUUAUCUGGGGUAAUGGAGAGAUUCAGUACUGGAAUAACCCGGAUUUUCAAUUUCGACUUGAUAAACAACCGGUGACUAAAGUACAAGAUGUCGAAAACGUUGCUAGGUCAGACAUAACGGCUCAACUGCCGUCGAAUUUCCGUCAGUUGGCUCGAGGUCUAGCCAUGAAUCAGACGUACUGUGUAAUCGGUCUAAUUUUGGUGGCACUCUCGCUUUUAUACCGACAUUUGACCAGCACUUACGGUUACUGGAAAAACAAGUCGGUACCAUGUUUGAACGGAGCUUUACCGGGUCUCGGACACAUCGCGCCGAUGAUUUUUCUGCGAAAGCAGAUGUCGGAUAUGUACAGAGACUUCUACAACGAGAUGCCGGGUCGCAGUAUAAUCGGUCUCUACAACUUUCGAAGACCGUCCUUGAUGCUGCGCGAUCCGGAAUUGGUGAAGUGCAUAAUGACGAACAAAUUUAAGGAUUUCUCCGACAAUGACUUUGAGAUAGACACAAGAACGGAUCCCAUACUGGCCACUAAUCCCGGCUUCACAAACGGAGAUCGCUGGAAAGCAUCGAGACAGCAAUUGAGCUCGGCCUUCACCUUGGGGAAGCUUAAAUAUUUAUUCGAGUCCAUCAAGAUCACUUGCGGUGAGCUCGACGAGUAUUUAAAUAAAAAAUGCAGCGUAAAUGAUCGCCGUGAUACAGUGGAGCUGGAAUUGAAGGAUCUGUUCUCGAAAUACACAGCUGGGAUCGUCGCAAGCUCAGCUUUUGGCGUCGUCGAUGACAGUUUUAAAAGUGACGGUAAAUACGGAGCUUUCAGAGCCACUGGACGACUGAUGUUCGAGCCGAGCUUCGCGAAGAGUCUGAUCCAGAACAUCAUGCUGUUCAUACCGGUGCCGUCGAGGAUCAUGAAGACACGUUUCAUACCCAAAGAAGUGGAUCAGUUCUUUAGGAAGGUCGUCAAGGACGUUAUCAAGCACAGAGAAGAGCGGGGCGGCGAAUACACGGACUUCUUGCAGCUCAUGAUCGAGACCAAGAAGAACGCCAAGGUCGACCUGAGCUUGGAGCAGUUAGUCGACAACGACGUCAUCGCGUCUCGCGCAGGUUCCUUCUUUUUUGACGUGUACGAAUCGAUCAACGUCACCCUGAGUUUCCUGGUAUUCCAGAUCGCCGAACACCCCGAAGUCCAAGAUCGUCUCCGCCAGGAAGUCGUAGACAUCGUUUCAGAUAGUGGUGACCUCACUUACGAAGCUGUCCAACGAAUGGUAUACAUGGAUCGAGUCAUCAACGAAUCCGCACGCCUUUAUCCCGCUUUUGGAGCACUUUUUAAACGGUGUACGAAUGACACUGAGCUCGUAGGUUCGGACGGAAUCACUUGUCAAGUCAGUACUGGAACUUCUAUCGUGAUACCGGUUGCUGCUUUGCACAUGGAUCCCGAGUACUGGCCGAAACCUGAGGAAUUUAAUCCUGAACGUUUCACCGAGGAGAACAAACAGCGGCGACACAAAUUUGUCCAUCUUCCGUUUGGAGAGGGGCCGAGGAUUUGUCCUGGACAACGGGUCGCCGUGUUCAUCGUGAAGGCUGCUGUCGCGACGAUCAUUCAGAAGUACAGAUUCGAUCUGUCGUCGCGAAACAAAAUCCCCAUUCAACUGAACCCAAACUACUUUCUGACUACUGCUGUUGGCGGACUUUGGGUGAAAUUCACACCGUUGUGAAACGAGCUGCUUCUUCAUGAACUGUUAAUGUAUGAAUUUUGGCUCUUUUGGCCUCGCAAGUCAAAUCAGCAUCUGAUAAAUUAUAAUUGUUUUCAAUUUCACUUGAGUUUUGCUCAAGCUGGUCUUGAUGAUCAGGAGGUACAUUCACUUCAUUAAAAGUAUCUCAUAUUAUCCUUCAUAGUUUCGGUUGUUGAAAACAUUUCUUCUUAACGCAAAACGAUUUACACAAGUGCAGUUGAUUUUGUAUACCAGAAACUAGUUGAGAAUAAAAAAGUAUAGUAGUUAUCCAGUCGUCCGACACCGUUCAAAUGUUACGUAACGCUGAGAGGAGAAGGGGGGGAGGGGGGGGGGGGGGGCGCGAAAACAGAUAAAAACAUCGUUGUGUAAUAACUAAACGAGUCCUGAGAUAAUUAAGCGGUAGAUGAAUAUUCAUUUCGGUAGGAAAAGAAAUACUUCUAAGAUGUCAUUAUGAUUCUCAUAUCGAUACAAUAAUGUGCUCAGUAAUGAUGUC